AUGAAGCUGAAGCAGCGGGUUGUGGUGCUGGCUUUACUACUGGUGAUUCUGGUCCUCACUAAACUUCUAUUGCUGGACAGAUUGGAGACGUCUGCUGCACAGAGGCAGGACCAGCUUUCCUUCCAGCGCAUGAUGUCCAGCCUACGGCUGACCAUGGACUCCCGGUUGGAGCAUACGCUACAGUCCCCAUGGGAAAUAGCAUCUCAGUGGGUGGUGCCUAGAGAGGUGUAUCCUGAAGAUACCCCAGAAAUGGGAGCAGUCCUACAUUCUAUGGCUACAAAGAAGAUCAUAAGAGCUGACGUGGGCUACAAAGGUACGCAGCUCAAAGCCUUGUUAGUCCUGGAGGGUGGACAGAAGGUGGUCUUCAAACCAAAAAGAUACAGCCGGGAUUAUGUAGUGGAAGGGGGGAGCCCUAUGCGGGAUACGAUCGUCACAAUGCUGAGGCGGCUGCUUUUCAUUUAGAUAGGAUCCUCGGCUUCAGACGAGCGCCUUUGGUGGUUGGUCGAUAUGUAAACCUUAUCACAGAGAUUAAACCAGUAGCCACUGAGCAGCUGCUUAGCACAUUUCUGAAGCAGGGAAAUAACACAUGUUUCUAUGGGAAGUGUUACUACUGCCGUGAGACUGAGCCUGCCUGUGCAGACAAGGAAGUGAUGGAGGGAUCGAUCACUCUUUGGCUUCCCGAUGUGUGGCCCCUUCAGAAGCACAGACAUCCCUGGGGCAGGACGUAUCGUGAGGGCAAGCUGGCAAGGUGGGAGUAUGAUGAAAGUUAUUGUGAUGCGGUGAAGAAGACUCCCCCUUAUGAUGCUGGUCCCCGGCUCCUCGACAUUAUUGAUACAGCCAUCUUUGACUACCUAAUUGGAAAUGCAGAUCGCCAUCACUAUGAGAGCUUCCAGGAUGAUGAGGGCGCUAGCAUGCUUAUACUGCUGGACAAUGCUAAGAGCUUCGGGAACCCCUCAACAGAUGAGCGCAGCAUUCUUGCACCCUUGUACCAGUGUUGCAUCAUUCGUGUCUCUACGUGGAAUCGGCUUUCCCACCUGAAACAUGGUACCCUACGUUCUGCUAUGCUUUCGGCCACCAGUCAUGACCCUCUUUUCCCUGUCCUUGCUGAACCUCAUUUGGAAGCACUAGAGCGCCGCCUGCAGGGUAUUUUAUCAACCGUCCAGCAGUGUUUAGACCAGUUUGGCGCCGAUGUAGUGAUGGUGGAAGACCGAAUGACCCUUUCUCAUGUGUAA